CAACAACCCUUCCGAUUACUGGGGUCACUGUCCGAUGGCGGAGCGGACAAUUUUGUCCGCCCACGCCAAACCGAACGCCCUACCUACCCCGCUUGGUUGCUGCUCCUCGCCUCACUCCUGAACCCUCCAGUCUUCCACACCGCACCCACGGUCCAUAAUAUCUGGUGCCACACACUCGGGGAGAAGCACCUCGUAAUCCCCACCGGCCCUCCGCUCUCCUCACCCCCAAGGCCGGCACCCCUCCAUCACCCUACUGAAGAAACCUCUGGCGAUGCCGAUGGCGCCGGCGGGAAUCGUCCUGGCCGGAGCGUUCCUCCUGGCGGCGCUCUACUGUGGGACGGACCCUCUUGGCCACGGCUCCAUGGCCGACUUUCCAGGCUUCGAGGCCUACCCGGUGGAGCUGCCGCCGUGGUCGGAGCUCCCUACCGCGCGGGACCCUGAGGACCGGCUCCAGCGAGCGGAGGUCCGCUUCCUCGGCCAGAUCCAGGGCCCCGAGAGCGUCGCCUUCGACCCCCUCGGCCGCGGGCCCUAUACGGGGGUCGCCGACGGCCGCGUCCUCUUCUGGAACGGCCACUCCUGGUCCGACUUCGCCUACACCUCGCCCAUCAGAUCGGAGUUAUGUGACCCGAAACCAUCUGCUUUGAGUUACUUGAGAAACGAGCAUAUCUGCGGGCGACCACUAGGUCUUCGAUUUGACAAGAAAACUGGAGAUUUAUACAUUGCUGAUGCCUAUUUUGGGUUGUUGAAGGUAGGCCCAGAAGGUGGCCUGGCAACACCACUAAGCACAGAGGCAGAAGGAGUCCCGUUAAAUUUCACAAAUGAUUUAGAUAUAGAUGAGGAAGGGAAUAUUUAUUUUACUGACAGCAGCACAAAUUACCAGAGGAGGAAUUUCAUGCAACUAGUGUUCUCUGGCGAGCCUUCUGGGAGGCUUUUAAAAUAUAAUCCAGUUACAAAAGAAACAAUAGUCCUCCUUCGAAACCUUCAAUUCCCUAAUGGGGUUUCUCUUAGCAAGGAUGGAUCAUUUUUUGUCUUCUGUGAAGGAUCACGUGGCAGGUUGACUAGAUACUGGUUGAAGGGAGAAAAAGCAGGAACUUCGGAAAUUUUUGCUAUCUUACCUGGAUUCCCAGAUAAUGUGAGAACUAAUGAGAAGGGUGAAUUCUGGGUGGCAAUUCAUUGCCGCCGCACAGUCUAUGCACAUCUUAUGAGUCAGUAUACCCGAUUGAGGAAGUUUUUGCUAAAGCUUCCCAUCCCAGCAAAGUAUCAAUAUCUGAUGCAAAUUGGGGGCAGACUUCAUGCGCUGAUCAUCAAGUACAGUCCAGAUGGGGAGUUGCUGGAAAUUCUGGAGGACAGGAAAGGGAAGGUGGUUAGAGCGGUGAGUGAAGUGGAGGAGAAGGAUGGGAAGCUUUGGAUUGGAUCUGUUCUUAUGCCGUUUAUUGCUGUGUACUGAUCAUGUCCAGGUGAUAUUUUUUCCUGUUGCUGUGUAUACUGCAUCACACGGUAGUAUGCCAUUUAAUCUACUCAGCUGGACUCAUGUAGCACGUCAUAUAUAUAUAUAUAUAUGACAGAUAGGAGGAUAUUGAUAUGUCAUUUGGGAAUUUUGUGUGUGUGUGUGUGUGUGUGUGUGUUACAGAUGGGAGGAUAUUGAUAUUUCAUUUGGGAAUAGUUAUCCUACUUUUUUGUGCUUUUACCUCCUGCUGCAAAAUAAAAGCCUCCACUUACCAUAGAGACAACAGUUAUCAACCUUUGUGGAUUGGCUAGUUAUCUUACAUCCCCUCUCUCUCUGUAUGUUCUUUAAUCAGCAGCAUAAUUAUUUCUGAUUGGGCCAUAA